CUCUUCUUUUUUCGAGGUUAUGUUUAUCAUUACCCGAACAAAGAAAAAAUCUGCCACGUAUGUCCUGCCACCUAUACUCUUCCACAUCUAUGUCCCCGAGGUGCAGUUCUACUUCAUUUAAUAUCAUAUUCAAAAUUUACGAUACUGUCAUUUCUUUCAACACAUCUCUUCUGCAACCAUCCAGGACGAUCACCUCAUGUGUUUGUUCCUAAUUGAUACAUCCUCCAGAGAAAUCAUUUGAAAGGUAGUUUUUCGCGAUGAGCUAUGAAGGGGGAUCUGGGCUGUCUUCUAGCCACCGUUUCUAUUCUUCAACUAAUUCAAUCAACCUUCACCGUCGUAGCUCUACCCCCCGUCGUAAAAAUUGGAGCACUAUUCACUCAUGACCAAAGAAACAGCAGCACCGAGCUGGCCUUCAAAUACGCUGUUUACAAAAUCAACAAAGAGAGAAUUAUGCUACCCAAAACUACAUUAGUCUACGAUAUCCAGUAUGUUCCCAGAGAUGACUCUUUUCAUGCAUCAAAAAAAGCCUGUCAACAGGUUAAAUUUGGGGUACAGGCAAUCUUUGGUCCAUCCAAUCCAAUCCUGGGUCAGCACAUACACAGCAUUUGUGACGCCCUGGACAUACCGCACCUGGAAGCCAGGCUUGACCUGGAUACAGAGGCGAAAGAAUUCAGCAUCAAUUUACAUCCCGCACAAACUCUGCUCAACAAUGCCUACCAAGAUGUCAUGGCAUUCCUAAACUGGACAAGAGUAGCCAUUAUCUACGAAGAAGAUUACGGUUUAAUUAAGCUUCGAGAACUCGCACGAUCCCCAAAGUUGCAAGAUGUAGAAAUUUAUAUGCGACAAGCCGAUCCUGAAUCCUACAGACAAAUUCUAACUGAAGUAAAAAGUAAAGAAAUCAGAAACCUUAUUGUGGAUACGAAGUCUCGAAAUAUGCAUCAUUUUUUGAAAAUGAUUUUGCAACUACAAAUGAACGACUACAAAUAUCACUACCUCUUCACAACGUUUGAUAUCGAGACAUUCAAUCUUGAUGAUUUCAAACACAAUUUCGUCAACAUCACGGCCUUUCGACUUGUCGAUGCGGAGGACUCCAUCGUACGAGGCAUUUUAAAGGAUAUGGAGCGCUUUCAACCAGCUGGAAACACGAUACUCAAUAAAUCUCAUGUCAUUGAGGCAGAACCAGCGUUGAUGUACGAUAGCGUUCAGGUGUUUGCUGUUGGUCUGAGAAACCUCGAGCAGUCUCAUGCUCUGAGGCCAGCUAAUCUCUCCUGUGAGCUCGAGCAUCCCUGGGAUGGAGGACUCUCCCUCAUCAACUACAUCAACUCGGUGGAGAUCAAAGGGAUUUCGGGACCUAUAGAAUUUAAAGAGGGACAAAGGAUACAAUUUAAAUUAGAUCUACUGAAACUCAAGCAACAUUCGUUAAUAAAGGUUGGCGAGUGGAAACCAGGAUCUGGGGUUAAUGUAACUGACGCUGCGGCUUUUUUUCAACCAGGAAACACAAAUGUUACAUUAGUUAUCAUGACGAUACUGGAACAGCCAUACGUAAUGUUGAAGAGCGGAGGAAACUUCAGCGGUAACGAGCGUUACGAAGGCUUUUGCAUCGACUUGCUUCGAGAUAUAGCAGAACUGGUCGGCUUCACCUACAAGAUCGAACUCGUCCCGGAUGGCAAGUACGGCGUUUACGAUUACGAGACUGGGGAAUGGAAUGGAAUCGUUCGCCAGCUGAUGGAUAAGAAAGCUGACCUAGCAGUGGGUUCGAUGACUAUCAACUAUGCUCGCGAAAGUGUAAUAGACUUCACCAAACCAUUCAUGAAUUUAGGCAUCGCAAUUCUUUUCAAGAUUCCAACGAGUCAUCCAGCGAGACUUUUUUCGUUCAUGAACCCUCUGGCUAUUGAAAUCUGGCUCUACGUAUUGGCUGCGUAUGUCCUGGUUUCUGUAACGAUGUUCGUAGUUGCUCGAUUCAGUCCUUACGAGUGGAACAAUCCUCAUCCGUGCCACGCGGGACCGGAAAUUGUCGAAAAUCAGUUUUCGUUGUCGAACAGCUUCUGGUUCACAAUCGGGACACUCAUGCAACAGGGAAGUGACCUUAAUCCCAAGGCAACCAGUACACGCAUCGUAAGUGGAAUUUGGUGGUUUUUUACGCUAAUAAUUAUUUCAUCAUACACUGCAAAUCUCGCUGCAUUUUUAACAGUAGAGCGUAUGAUAACUCCAAUAGAAAAUGCAGAAGAUCUGGCUAGUCAAACCGACAUUUCCUAUGGAACAUUGGACAGUGGUAGUACCAUGACAUUCUUUCGGGACUCGAUGAUUGAGACGUACAAAAAAAUGUGGAGAUUCAUGGAGAAUAAAAAGCCUUCAGUCUUUGUGCCAACUUAUGAAGAAGGAAUUCAAAGAGUCCUUCAAGGACAGUAUGCUUUUCUCAUGGAAUCUACAAUGUUGGACUAUAUAGUUCAAAGAGAUUGUAAUCUCACACAAAUUGGAGGACUUUUAGAUAGUAAAGGAUACGGAAUUGCUACACCGAUGGGCUCUCCUUGGCGGGACAAAAUAUCCUUGGCUAUUUUGGAAUUGCAAGAAAAAGGGGAAAUUCAAGCUCUUUAUAAUCACUGGUGGAAAAGUAAAGGUGAUACUUGCAUGAAAAAUGAUAAAGGAAAAGAAAGCAAAGCCAAUGCUUUAGGAGUUGAUAACAUAGGGGGAGUUUUUGUGGUUCUUCUUUGUGGAUUAGCUUUUGCCGUUUUAAUCGCAAUCUUCGAAUUUUGCUACAAUUCUAAAAAGAAUGCACCAACAGAACAGCAACAGUCGCCAGUACCGCCUCCUACGUGCUCUGGAUCUCUACAAGGUCUACCUCAAAAUGUACAACAGCAACCGCCAAGCCAUCAACAAGAAUCACUUUGCGCGGAAAUGGCACGUGAAUUAUGUCGAGCUCUGCGAUGUCGGGCACCCUCUCGCAGAAGAAGAGCUUGCGAAAAAUGUUCAACUCAUGUCAUAAGUUAUCAUCCCUCAGACAAUCCCACUCCAACUCCCAUAAAUGGGAUACGAACUCAAACAAGCAGCUUAGGAGUUCCGGUCGAAUUGUCACCACAUAUACAUAUGCAUCAUCAUCAACAUGACUACGAUGGAAAUUAAAAUAAAAAUUUCCCUUCGCUCGAUAAUGCGCUACAUGCAAUACGUAAAUUAUUUCUCGCAAGAAAAAUGGCACACUACAAAUAUAUAUGUAUGUAAAAAUAAUUUUUGGAUUUAAAACCAGAAGUUUGUCAUGUUCAGUAUGUCGUUAAAGAUCGAUGAUUCGUUCAAGUCAAAUUAUAGUUCAUCGCAAUUUGGAUCCGUCCUUUACAUACAAAAACAAACUAAAAACCAGUUGUGGGCCAAGUGCAAUUGAGUUCAACACUAUACGUAAUUAUAGUGCUUUAAAAGCGUAACAGUUACCAGGUGCUCGAAUAUGUAAUUAUUUAUCAAAUUAGCAAUUUAUUACAUAAUAAAGAUAUUUAUAGUGCUACGAAUUUCAAUCGCAGAUACGAUUGAUGUACUUAUGCUUUUCUUACAGCUUUAAAAUUAUUUUCCUUGCAACUUGCAAUAUUUUUUAAUGACUGUGCCCAUUACUGGCUGAAAUAUAUAAUGAUUAUGUUUAAAUUACAUGAUAUAUCGGCUGCUGAAAUGGUUAACUUAGUUUCUGAAUAUGAAUUCUAGCUUAUGCUCAAUACAUUUAAUUUCAGUAGUAUAGCUAUGAUAUUGUCAUGCCCCUUAACGACCGAGCAAGGUUCUAUCCCGUGUUAAAUAUAUAGUGGCGCGAUCUAUUGCCUGAGGUAUUAUCUUCCACAUUUACUGAUUUUCCUGUUUUAUCGGCCUAUGUGUCACGCCAUAUAUUGGUAGAAAUAUCAACCAAGUUUUAAAGAAAAACGAGGAGACUAUUGACCAACAUGAGAAGAAGGAUAAGCAAGAGGAGGAUAUUAUUGAGAAGCAGAAAAUAGAUGAGAAAGAGCUCUUCCUUAUCUAUCUCCUAGGAGAAAAAUUAAGAGCAGAUAGAAGAGGAGUAGAAGAUUGAAUAUAACUUGAUCGGUAAAUAUGGAUGUCGGUUAACUAGUUAGUUGAUAUCUAUGCCAAUGGAUGGCACAACUGGAAACUUGUUAUUACUUGUUAUAGAGCAAACACCUAAUUGAUAUUUCUCUGAAUAGAUGGCGCCAGAUAUCAGUCGUUAACUCAGGAAUACCGGUCAAAAUGUCAGUUGAUAUCUCUCAAUAAAUGACGCCACUGUAGACUCAACCUGGACCAGAAACUUGCUCGGUCAGUAAAAGGCUUGACGUUGCCAUAGCUAUACUACUAAUUUCAUCAUUUAACUUGAAUUCAGUUAAUCUCUGAAAAAUUAAUAUCUGUAAAUAUUCCUGACACAAAAGAGUGCAUAGAAAUCAUGUUGACCCAGUUCUGAGGCUGAAGGCUUCAGAAGUAAAGAAUAUUAUUAAGAGUACGAAUUUUGAUGUUGGAUGUUAUUUUGUGUAUGUAUGUUGUGCAAUGUGCAAGUUAACACUGAAUAAAUGUGAGAUUAGCGACAAUUUGUUUUAAACUAUUGUAAUAUUUGUAAUCAA